AAAAUUUUAAAUAGUAAAUUAGUAGUUUGUGCUAUGGCUUUCUCGAAAAAAGCCAUAGCAUCAACCGAAAAUUUUAAAAUUGGCUCCUUAGUGAAAAAAGGUUCCCGACCCCUGCACUAAGCCCUAUCAAAUCAGAUUACAUUUUGUCAUAAAAAGGGUGUCUUUCAACUUUAAUCAAAUUAAAAUAGAAUGAUAAAAGGCUGUGCAUGUCAGAUGAAAAUCAUAUUUAGAAUGUGAGCUAAAUGUCAUUGAAUUUGCUUUGGUGGCCAUCAAAGCAAAUUCAAAAAUUGUCAGACCCUGAAAAACCUCUUCCAUUCCCUCAGGCUCACAUAAAGUCAUGACCACUAAUAGAUACGCACAUGCCUCACACAUGGAUAUUUACAUAUUGCGAUAUACACUAUAUACAAAAGACAAAUACUAAAACAGAAUUCGGAUGAUUUAGAUGCUGGAUACGGGAACGUAUAAAAAAAUGAAAAGUUUUGUAUUUUGUGUUUUGGCUGGUGUUCCUAUGAAAGCCGCUUUCCACCCAUACCUAAAUAACAGUAAAGGAAUAAUCAGAACUAGAGAACUACAGGAUAUGGAUGAGGCUGAAAUAGCCUCAGAACUAGCUCAAAGUGUGAAGAGGAUUAUGAUAAAAAAAGGAGACCAAAUAAUAAAGACGGGCACGUAUAUCAUGACGUUCAACAAACCCCAACCACCAGAAUGGAUCCGAUUAGGAUAUUUGAGGGACCCUGUCAGCAUCUUUUUCUUAAUCCUCUGAGAUGCUUGAACUGUCAGAGGUUUGGUCAUAGUUCUGCUUGAUGCAAGAAUAAACAUAUUUGUUGCAAUUGUGGAGAGGAAGGAUAUGAAGAAACUUAUUUAAAACCAUCAAAAUGCAGAAACUGCACAUGUGACCAUUCAGCCUCAUCAAAAGACUGUCCUAUGUGGAUCAAAGAAAAUAAAUUAAAAAGUAAAAUGCCUAAAAAAAUGAACUAUGUAGAAGCAUGCAAUGAGGUUGAGUAGCUCCUUAAUUUCAAAUUUGAGAAAUCCUUUGCCUCUGUAGUAUUACUGGCCAAGCACACAGUUGAGUGCCAGACAGAUGUGUCCUAGUUAACAAAAGGAAAAACACAACUAAUCAGUAAUAAAAUCUCGACUUCGUCAAAAAAGAUGCAAAGCACCCAAGCCUCAAGUCAAACACAAAUUGAAACUAGUGAAGACCAAAGUUCGAUAGCGGAGCAUUCUCUUACUACAAAAGGAAAGAAGACACAAUACAGUGCAAGAGCACAGCAACAAAAGGUUAGUCAGGAGAACAGAUCACAGAAAGCUGACCCUAUAAAAGUCAUAGACAUGGCGGAGACCAUAGACCCCUGCAGUAGGAGUCCCACACCUAAGAGUAGAAGUAGAGGUCAAAUACUGAUCCUACCAACGUGAUAGGUAGCUGCAUCAUUCAGUGGAACUGUCGAGGUGAUAAGGCAAAUUUUGCAGAACUCCAACGACUAGUCAUGUUACUCAACAUUUGCUUUUUGCUUCCAAGAAACACACUUAACACCAAACAGCCCUAUAUCUCUGAAAAAGUUUGUAAGUUUCAGUGCAUAUGAACCAAAUAUACAACAUCCUUGGAGUAACCAUCUUAGUUCGACAUGAUAUAAUUCACAGUCAGAUCACAUUAAACCCUAAUCUACAGGCAAUAGCGCUACGGUUAACUCUUCAUUACGUCAUUACUCUGUGUUCUGUUUAUAUACCUCCAGACAUUUCUGUGACACUCCAAGAUCUAAACAAGCUUGUUGACCAACUAUCAACCUCCUACAUACUUAUGGGAGAUUUCAAUGGUCACAGCCCAUUAUGGGGAGGAAACUGCACUAAUGCGUAGGGUAGAAAACUCUGAUUUCAUUAGUAACAAUGAUCUGUGUCUGCUCGAUGGUUCAAAAACUUGCACCCAGGACAUGGAACAUAUUCUGCAAUCAACUUAAUGAUAUGCGAACCUGAGCUCUUACUUGAUUUUUUGUGGCAGACUUGUGAUGACCUAUGUGGAAGUGACCACUUCCCCCUAAUCACUACCUCUACAAGAUCAGAUAUACAGUAUAAAACCCCAAGAUGGCAACUUACAAAAGCCAACUGGUAGCUCUUCCAGACCCAAUGUUAUGAUACAUUUAAUUAAGUGCUUCAAGACUUCCAAGACAUAGUUAGAAGUUUCACUGAUAUUCUCAUUGAAAUAGCAAAUGAAACUGUCCCUAAGACAUCAAAGUCAAGUCAUAGGACUAACCCAUGGUUCGAUGAUAACUGUAAAAUGGCCAUGAAAGCUUGGAAAAAAGCAGAGAGGACCUUCAACAAACACCCAACUAAAGAGAAUCUAGUAAGACUAAAAAUAUGUCGAGAACUAGCACGUAGAAUUAAUGAGCUGGAGAAAAUUGGUAUCUAGUCUUUCAGCAAACACACCACCCAAAAAAAUCUGGGACCUAAUCCGAAAGAUGAAAAACAAAGGAGAGGAGCCUUAAAUAUGACACAUCAAACAUCAGGGUACCCUCUUAACUACGAAUCAAGAAGUAACCAAUAUAUUAGCAAAGUUAUUCGAAAAGAACUCCUCAUUAAAAAACUGUCGACCUGAAUUCAAUAAAAUACGAAUACAGCAGGAGUAGAAUCCCCUGAAUAUCCACUCUAAUAAUACAGAACCAUAUAAUCAAACCUAUACUAUGGAGGAACUCUCAAGUGCUCUCAAACAUGCUCGUAAUACUGCAGUUGGACCAGACAGAAUAAAAUCAGUGAUUAUCAGUGUGGCUGAUGGAGUAAAAGCACCUUAGAUAAUCUCAUCAGAUUGGAAUCAUUUGUUCGGAACAGCUUUAUUAUGAAAGAACACGCAGUAGCUGUUUUCUUCAAUCUAAAGAAGGUUUAUGAUACCACCUGGAGAUAUGGUAUUCUCAAAGAUCUACAUGAAAUUGGGCUCAGAGGCAACCUACCCAUUUUUAUCUCCAACUUCCUGACUAAUAGACAUUUUCAUGUCCUAAUAGGAACUACCUUAUCAAACCCACACAUACAAGAGCUAGGGGUUCUACAAGGAAGCAUUCUCUGUCACCCUUUUCAGUAUCAAUAUCAAUAGUAUAAUUAAGGUUAUAGAUCCACAUAUUUUAAGUUUAUAUGAUGACAACCUAUGCAUUGGCUACAGAGGGAAAAAUAUGAAUGUAAUUGAGCGAUAGCUACAGCUAUGCAUAAACAAGAUAAAUGGCUGGUCAAUUAAAAAUGGAAUCAGAUUUUCCUAAACAAAGACUGUAUACACUUCUGUCUUCUCUGGUCCCUAUAUCUUGACCCAGAGCUGCAUAUGGAGGAAGAACCCAUCAAGGUAGUUAAAGAACUUAAAUUCCUAGGUCUUGUGUGUGACAAUAAACUUACUUUUAUCUCAUACAUGAAAGCUUUGAAGAGGAAAUUAUGUUUUAAACAAUGGAUAUUUUAAAAGUUCUGGCAAAAACAAAAUGUGGUGCGAAUUCCACUGUUUUCUUUUAGAUCCCGACUGGAUUACGGGAGCAUCGUGUAUGGCCUGGCAAGGAAAUCUUAUAUACUGAUACUAGAUACGAUACAUCAUCAGGGAAUACGUCUGGUGGUAGGAGCUUUCAGGAUCACCCAUGUUCAAAGUCUCUAUACAGAAGCCGGGGAACCCUCUCUCCAGAACAGGUGUCUGAAACUGGCCCUACAGUAUGUGGUUAAACUCAAGGCAAACCAAAAUAACCCAGCAUACUUAGCAGUAUUCCAACUGGUAUGUCUUUAUUUAUAUGAAACUAGGCCUAAGUAUAUAAGACCUUUUGGUAUAUGGAUUAAAACAUAUUUAAAGAAUCUGAAUACCAAUCUAGACAACUUAAGACUGUUUCAUUAUUGCCCUUUUCCUCCCUGGGCACUGAAAAAAACAAGCUCUGAAAAAAGCAACAACCAUUAUCUUGACUUUGACUCAACAUAAAAAGACAAACGCAUCCAAAUGAAUUCUCAAAGCAAUUCUUAGUUAAGGUGUAAUCUCCCACUUCAUGGAACCGGAUUGACGGACGGAUCAAAAACGGAUAACAGCGUAUCGGCAGCAGCAGUGAUAGGAGAUCAGCACUACGGCAUUUGAUUCCCGGGUCAAAGCUCCAUCUUUACAGCUGAGGCUCGAGCGCUGCUCCUAGCCCUGGAAAAUAUAGAGAAGAGUCAAGAACGGAAUUUCUUAAUCGCCACAGACUCCAAGUCUUGCCUUCAAGCACUCAAAUCCAUAAAGACUGAUCACCCAUUAUUGUAAACAUUUUAACCAAAGUAGCUCUAUUACAGAAGAAAAACUUAAAAAUCCUCUUCUGCUGAGUCCUGGGACAUAUUUGUCCGGCUGACAAUGAGAGAGCGGACACGGCCGCUAAGGAGGCCCUCAACCUGGAAUGCCACCUUCCGACCUUAGAUCAUUAAUAAGCACAUAUAUCUCUAACAAGUGGGGAUGGGAUGAAUGCAACAAUAAUAACCUAUAUGAAAUUAUCCCCAGUAUAAGAAGAAGAUUAUCUUCAAUCUUCAAGUCUAGGCAUGAUCAAGUCAUUUUCACUAGGUGCUAUCUGGGUCAUUCAAGACUCCUGCAUGGGUUUUUGCUGAUUGUUGAAGAUCCUCCAUUAUGCCUUCACUGUCAAACCCCUUUGACUGUCAAACACAUCCUAAUGAGCUGUAGCGUCUUUGAAACCAUCAGACAAUGAUUUUAUUCAGAGACAUACUUAAUGGAAAUAUUUAGAAAGCUAUCACCUGAACGUAUUUUAGAAUUUAUCUUGUAUUAAUCUCAAAUGUCUUAUAUAGCUUUGUAAAUUGUAUAUAUUUAUUGUUUACCCUGUGCUUGCCAUUUGAAUAGCCUUGUUGCUGACAUGGCAUUAAAAGUUAAUAAACAAACAAACAUGUUUAUUGUGCCACGUAUAUUUUGCCCCAUGGAUAUCUAUGAAUUUACAAAAAAAUUAUACUCUAACAGUGUCACAGAGAUAAUAAAUUAAUUUCCAUAGAGUUGUUAUAAUGCAGAUGAUGAUUAAUAGCUAAAUACAUUUGAUAUAGUAAAUGUUUAUAUAAUUUAGGUUAAUUUUAAACGUGGAUCUUGUUUAAAACUUAGCUGGCAACAUAUACAGUACAUUCAUAAAGUGUUCAGACCCCUUCGUUUCUUUUUUCUCCACAUUUUAUGUUGCAGCCUUAUGCUACAUUCACAGAGUUGUCCCUAAGCCACUCUUGCAUUGUCUUGGCUGUGUGUUUGGGAUUAUUGUCCUGUUGGAAGGUGAACCUUCGGCCCAGUCUGAGGUCCUGAGCGCUUUUGACCAGGUUUUCAUUAAGAAUAUCUCUGUAUUUUGCUGCGUUCAGCUUUCCUUCAACCCUGACCAGUCUCCCAGUCCCUGCCAAUGAAAAAACACAGCAUUGAUGCUGCCACCACCAUGCUUCACUGUUGGGAUGGUAUUUCCCAGGUGAUGAGCGGUGCCUGGUUUCCUCCAGACAUGACGCUUGGAAUUGAGGCCAAACAGUUCAGUCUUCAUUUCUUCAAACCAGAGAAUCUUGUUUCUCACAGUCUGAGUGUCCUUUUAGGUGCUUUUUUCUUUCUAAUUCCAAGCAGGCUUUCAUGUGUCUUGCACUGAUGAGAGGCUUCUGUCUGGCCACUCUGACAUAAUGCCCAGAUUAGUGGAGUGUUGCAGUGAUGGUUGUCCUUUUGCAAGUUUCUCCCAUCUCCACACAUGAUCUCUGGAGCUCAAGCAGAGUGACCAUUGGGUUCUUGGUCACCUCUCUUACCAAGGCCCUUCUCCCCCGAUUGCUCAGUUUGGCUAAGCGGCCAGCACUAGGAAGAGUCCUAGUUGUUCCAAACAAACAUUUAAGAAUUAUGGAGGCCACUGUGCUCUUGGGAACUUUCAAUGCAGCCACAAAAAAAAAAUGAUGUAGCCUUCCCCAGAUCUGUGCCUCAACACAAUCCUGUCUCUGAGCUCUGCAGGCAGUUCUUUUUACCUCUUGGCUUGGUUUGUGCUCUGAUAUGCAUUUUCAGCUGUGAAAACUUAUAUAGAAAGAUGUGUGCCUUUCCAAAUCAUGUCCAAUCCAUUGACUUUGCCACAGGUGGACUCCAAUCAAAGUAUAAAAACAUCCCAAAGAUGAUCCAGAGAAAUGGGAUGCACCUGAGCUAAAUUUCAAGUAUCAUAGCAAAGAGGCUGAAUACUUAUGUCAAUGUGAUAUCAGUUUUUUAUUUUUAAUAAAUUUGCAAUGUUAUCAAAAAUCUGGUUUUUGCUUUGUCAUUAUGGGGUGUGGAGUGUAGAUUGAUGUGAAAUUAAGAAUCAUUUUAAAGCAUUCUAGCACAAGUCUGCAACAUAACAAAAUGUGAAAAAAUAAAUAAAAAAUGAAGGGGUCUGAAUACUUUAUUAAUGCACUGUACAGUGGCCAUUCUGUUGGGACAUACCUGAGCAUCAACCUGGUGAACAGUAACUUCACGAGGCUAAUGAAGGCAAGUAACAGAUAAUUAAAUUAAACAGUUUUAUUUAUGCAAUCAUCCAAGGCUCUUCGACACAAUACAAAUUAAUUUUGGGACUACAGCCUUUGGAACUCACUGUGAGUUCGACUCCAUUUCUUAGUGCUUAAACUACACAUCAAGCAUCCCACUUGUGUAUGAAUGACUGUUAAGUUGAAUAAAAUGUAUUAAUUCAAGCAAUGCAUUGCAAAAGCAAGUUACUUUAUCUGUGAAAACACAGCAUAUUGUUUCCAAGGAGCUCUAAAAUUGCUUCUCACAUGCACGAGAAGGAUAUAGCUGCAGGCUAUAUUGCUCCAUAAAGGGGCGAUCGCUCCAGUCCGUCUUUAAAGAUAUAGGGAGCCCCUUACCUAAACUUUUCCCUAACCUUAACCGUGAGUGGAAGCGAUGCCCCAGUUGUGAGUUGGCGCAGCACCCUUUUGGAGUAACUCUGCACUCUUUUGGAGAUUCCGCCCCCAUUUGCAGGUCUCCGGCUUGCAGCUAUACCUACUUGACUUUCACUGUUGUAAUGACUGUCUUGCAUGCAAUUUUUUAAACACCCACCAGAUGGCUGCAUUUAUCAGUGGAUCCGAUAUUACAAAAACGAUUUCCGUUUAUGGAAAAUGCUUAAAUGUCGGGAGAAAAUAUCAGAAGAAAAGGAUUAUUGGUUGAUCUCUAUAUCUAAGCUCUUCGAGAUAAUUUUGUAACCCUUUCCAGCUUCAUGCAAAGCAACAAUUCUUGAUCGUAGGUCUUCUGAGAUCUAUUUUUUGCGAUGCAUGGUCCACGUCAGCAGAUGCUUUGUGUGAAUAGCAAACUCAAAAUGUUUGACAAGUUAAAGUAGCUCUUACCCACACCUCCAAUCUUGUUUCAUUAAUUGGAUGCCAGGUUUGCCAACUCCUGACUCUAAUUAACUUUUGUUGACAUUAGCCUAGGGAUUCACAUACUUUUUCCAACCUAUACUGUGAAUGUUUGAAUGAUGUAUUCAGUAUGUACAAGAACAACACAAAAGUUUGUGUGAUAUUAGUUAAAGGGGACAUAUUAUGCAAAAUCCACUUUUUCAAUUGUUUUUUUAACAUAAUUGUGUCCCCAGUGUGUGUGUAGACAACCACAAAAUAUGGUAAAAGACCAUCCCCUCAUUUCUUUUCUUUUCCCAUCAAUAAAAAACUGUGUCUCCGAACGAGCCGUUCAGGUUUGCAGCCCCUUAUGACGUCAAAAGGGGAAAGGUACCGCCCACGGCUGGUGAAGAGAUAUGCCCGAGUAGCUUAGAUAUGCCCUUAUUAAAACCUGAGCGAGCAGCGUACAGUCUGCCAUAUUUAUCUCCUCACUAGAGCCGCUUGUGCUAACUCGGACUGCUUCAUCAAUGAUGGUCAACACAAGGCUGGAUUUGCUUCAAAGCUAAGGAUCAAGGAUGAAUCGAUACCAACUCUCCGUGACCCAACUUCAGAUUUGCAAGUUAUACAUGUUGGGCCGAGGGGUGAAACGUAAGCUGAGUGCACAUGAGGACCCUGCCCAGGACAUGCCAUAUCCUCAGCAGAGGCAGCUGGUGCUGGACUUGUGUCUGGACAAGCUACAAAGCUGCCAGCGCCGGGCUGAACCUAGCCUGCACCGUUCGGUUCUGCUGGCCAACACCCUCCGCCAGAUUCAGCAGGAAAUGAGACAGGAGGGGGAAAUCUGUUUGCCACCAGCCCCACUCAUCUCCUCGCACCAUCACCCCUCCACCCCAAGCCACUUUCCUGACCUGCCGCCCGUGCCCUUAGAAUGUCCUCCACCCCUAACUGGAGCACUGUCUCCUUCAUUUCCCCUCAAAACAGCAGAGGAUGAGGAGGUCCAGUUGGGUGGUGUCGAAAAUAAGACUCUUUUCCCAUCCCUCGCAGGUGAGGACGCAAGGUCAUCAGAUGCGCUCUUCUGCACAUUUGAGAUCACAAAUUCCACCAGCUACUUGACCGACUUGCCACUAGACGACAUCUUUGAGGACAUCGACACGUCGAUGUACGACUCUUCUGACAUUUCUGUUCUAGCGUUUCCUGGGCAGAGAAGUGGCGGAGUGGACGAUGGCCUCAAGAGCCUUUCCAGCUGCACCUCCAACAGCAGCCUACAAUUCUGUCUCUCAGAUCUCAAUGACCUGGACCACAUUAUGGAAAUCCUGGUGCGCUCCUGAAAUGCUUGCACCAAAGGGUCCUCGUUCAGACAGCCAUCCCAAUGUUUUAUAUGGGGAAUGAUUAAUACAAUACGUUUCCUUUUUUAUUAAACAAAUGUUUUAUCUAUUUUUAUACAAAGGACUGAUAUAUUUAUAUAAAAAAGAAAACUGCCUGACACACUCCCACUGUAGGAUAAAUGCACAUUUUAAGACUUUUAAGAUGGUCUAGCUUACGCUGCCAUCCUUCAUAUUUAAGCAAACUAAGAUAUGAAUAUGCAGGGACUUCAGUAACAAAGUAUUACCAUUGGCACUGUUUAUACUGGAUAGAGACUCUGGAGUUGUAUUAAAGAGGAGGAGAUUGAUAAAGUCAAUCGUAAUGGACACAUUUUGGCUUUUGAUCAGAUAAAUGACAUUUAUUUUUUUGUGAACUGAUCGCCACUGUAUUCUGAAGCAUUACAUUUACUGUCAGUUAUUAUGAUUAUCAGAUCGUGUCAUGCACAUGCAGCACUCACACUACCUCUCAAGAUACCAAGAGCUUUUUCUCUAUACAAAGACUGUCAUUGUUGCAACUGUUAUAAUUUAAUGGUUUCGCACUAAUAACUUUAAAAAACUGGAUUUAGUCCUAAGUUAUAGCUGUAGAAGUUGCAAACGCAAAAAUGCUUGUCCUUAACUUUCCAAGUAGAACUUUUGUCAUUUUUCUUUUCAAAUGUUUCUGAAUCUCUUUGUUUCAGAAUUAAUGAGCUAUGUGGCUUGCAUUGAAAGUGAUCUAGCUAUAUUUUGUAAUCACUUUCUACUUUUCAUGUACAUGAUUGUCAGAAAACCAACGUUGAAUCCCUCAUGUGAACAUAGUGCCUACAAAGGAGAAUGAAGACUGCUGACGAUGAACUGCACACUGUGGACCUGCAAAUAGAUUUGCCCGAGUUUCUUGCUCUACACCUGUUUAGCUCUCUUUGCUUGCUGUGUGGAUUGGUUGCUGCAUUUUGAGUGUUUGGCACAAUCCUCUGUCCUCCAAAGAAGUGGGUCCACAUCUCCUGACUACUGUUCUCUGUUAAUGUGAUCUACACUGCAAAAAGUUGUUUGUGGAUGUCUGUGAUUGUCUCUUGUGCUGUGGUUUUAAAGACCCAUUUCAGACUGUCCAAGCGUACACCCUUAGCUGUGGGGGUUAAUCCAAAUUAAUGUCUCGCUUGCAUUCUCUUUCCCUUUAAGUUAUUAGUUGAAUGCUAAAUGGCUUUUGUGAGAUGGAGGACUAGAGCAAAGGCCCCUCUCUUCUGCCCCUAGAGCUGUAUGUCUCUAAUCAAAAGUUUUAACAUGCAUUGAACAUAAAGACUAAAAAGGAGUGGCUGCUGAAAAUCAAAUAAAUGCAGAAAGUGUUCUGAGCCACAAGGUGCAGUCUGCAUUAAGAUGGGGCAGGGAAAGGGGGAGGGUAAGGACAAGAAAGAGAUUAAGAGAGGGGGAGUAAAGGCAAAUGGGCUCCUGUCACGUGGAGAUCCUUGCUCGUGGUAAAGGCUACAUUGAGAGUUUGACAACAGCUGGUAUGUGAAUACUCGGAUUGGUGUGUGUGUUGAUAAAAGGCUCCACCUCCAGUGAGGCCUCAAGGGGCUCCAUUCUCCUCUCAACCAAUCAUUUUUAGUUAAGGGAGGAGCUUUGUUCUCUGUCUGGUGUAUGUGGAAUAGAAUAAUAAAUGGAAGCAGUUCAAAUUGGUCUGUUCACUCAUAUUGAAAUAUUUUCCCUGCCCAUGGCUGGCUCUCUUACUAAUUUACCACUUGUGAUUGUACGAUCAAAAUACUUAAGGGCCAAAUUUACCAUUGAGUCAUGGUCUGAAUUGGAGUUAAAUUUAGACAUUCCAAAUAAAUUAAAUUAGAAAUUGUAAAGCUGUGCAACUUUACAUUUUAAAUGCUGUGCAUUCAGCUCUUUCUGUGAGGUUGUCAGUAUAAACAGACUUUCCUGUGCUCUUUAAAGGCUCAGGCUCACAAAUACCCUACUCUGCCUUUCCCUUCAGAAGACAUGACACUCAAAGUUUACACUCAGAUUUUAGAAAACAUGCUUGUGUAUGAGAUGGCGGUCAAAGAAAACUAAACCAGAGAGACUCUUUGGUGACAUUGUCAGCAUUUUAGCAGUCAAUGCUGAGAGCUGUGUAUCUAAUAGAGUAUGUAGCUUCGUAAGCUCGAUAAGUUUUUAUUUUUUGUUGUUGUUUGUGUAUGUAUAUAUUUGUAUUUAUAUAUUUUCUUCUAUUUUGCUGAUAUUUUUUUUUUUGAUGACUGAAGAUCAUGAGAAAAUGUAUUGCUUUUAUUUAAGAUUGAAAUAUGAUCAGUAGACUGGUCUUUAGGAGUGUUUAUUUGUUUUUGAAGUGUGAUUUGUACUUCACCUCUAAGUAAUAGUUCAAUGUAAAUAGAUGAUGCAGAAUUAAGAGACUUUUAUCAUUGAAAUUAUUUGUAAAGGUUUCAAUUUGUGCUGACUCUGAACUGAAUGACAAUGGGAUCUUCUUUACAGUGUGUUCAUUUCCCUUGGACCUUGUAGUUAAUUUGGUAGCUUUUAUCAGUUUUUAAUGCCAAUGUGGUUCACUUCAUUUAAGAAAACUUCCAGUUGUUGCCCUUAUUUAUAUGGUCAUUUAUGUAAUGAAUGGUCUCAUUUCUUUCUCUUGCUGCUUCAAUUUCAGACUCUCGAAAAAAGGCACUAUGACUGUCAGAAGUGUUGUUUCACAACAGUCAGCCCAGGAGCCUCUGGUUUCAGAUUAAGUUUAAUGUCAAGGUGCAGUCUAUGAGCAUGUAUUGCAGUAAUGCACAGAAUUGCAGAGAAAAGUAGUUUACAUUUUGUUGUAAACUUCUGUUGUGAACAGCUCUUUUGAAUAACGUAUGGUACGUUUGAUGUACCAAUUGCGCAGAGAAUACAAAAGCAAGAGUUUGUAUUAACAUGGCUUGGUUGUGAGACACAAAAUAACAAGCUUUAAGUAUCACCUCAUCUUGUUAAUUUGGCCAUUAGAGUAAACCUGUCUCUUUCAUUAAACUAAUGAAAUUGUAAUAUUUUGAAAACCUCAAAAUGUCACUUUGUCCCAAGUGCAAUAUGAAAAUAUGAACAUAAAGUGAUGUCUUGCCUAAUUGCAAAUAACACAAUGUAGUUAGCCAAUGUAACUUUGAAUGAAUACAUGGUUAGAUGUAUUUUCUUCUAAUGAUAACAGAUGCCUUUACACCCUACUCUUCCCUCUGAAACUGUCCUUAAUCUGUUGCUAUCUGUUUUGACCACAGAUUUUGUGAGGUCUGUAAAUAAUAAAGCGUUUUCUUUGGCAGUCAUAUUCUAUGCAAUACAUUGUAGCAGGUCAGUAUGUCAAAUAAAAAAUGGAAAUGUGUGAUUUAGUCACUCAGAAUCCUACACCACAAAAGUCGAGAAACUCUUUAUU